GCGCAAGAAUUAGAAAUAGCGCAGGCACUGCGAUCGAGAGAGAGAUAGAGAGAGAUCGAGAGAUGGAAAUCAAAACCCUAACCCUAAUGCCUCUUCAAUCGGAUCAAAAUGCGUGCCAUGAUUGAGUUUCUAGGGUUUUUCUCUCUGUAAUCGCUUCAAAAUUCGCAAUAUCAGGCUUGGAAACCCUCAAAAUUUGAUUGCGGAGCUUCAAAUCAUCUACAAUGGAGUAGUUUGAGAAUCUUGCUUCUAUACCAUCAAUAUCGAUUGCCGGUGCUGGAGCUUCAAACUAUCUUCAGUGAAGUAGCUUGAGGCAUUAAGCAUCAAGAAGUAUACACUGUGCUAGGUUAGUAAUGGCGAGAGACCGUGACAAAGAAGAGCGAAAUGAAAGGGCAAAGAAAGCCAUUGGUGCGAUGAAGGCCAUGGGAAUCCCUGUCCAUAAGGCAAAACCAGUGCUUAAGAGCCUCUUGAAGGAGUCUGAAAACAGCUGGGAUUUCAUUGAAGCCGAUAACUACAGCGUCCUUGUGGAUGCUCUCAUUUCUCUUCCAGAAUCCCCUGAUGCCAGUGCUAAGAAGCGCGAUGCUGGUUUAGCUGAGCAGUCAGGGCCUACUCGGAAGAAACUGAAGCUCAAUGAAGAAGAUGAAGAUGAAGAUGAAGCUUCACCUUCGGGAACUAGAGUUGAUGAGCUAAGAGCCACUUCACCAGUUCAGCAGGCUCCUGAAGAUGAUGUUUCGCCUCAGUUGCAGCUUCGCAGGCGAAGAAUGGAGCCGGCUGGUGAGAGUGCGUCACCUCAACCAUCUUUUGGACAACAUGGAGGGGGAACUGCUGUUUCACCACGAGGAAAUGGUCAAGAGAUGAGUGCUCCAAGUGUUGGAGUUCAAAUAGGUCACAAGAAAGAGCAGGCGCCCACACCCAGUUCCUUAGUUACCUAUGGAAGAGAUAAAGGGUUGAUGAAGGAGAAUAUGGAUAGCCCGGUUUAUCAUCGUAACCGUAAGGGUGAGCAGGCAAAUCAAAAUCCGGUUUCUCCAAUUAUACCAAAAGAUGAGCCGCUGGAUGACAAUGAGCCUGGUUUUGAGGUUCCUAUAGCAGUGAUGCCUCCGGAUGAACCAACUUCCUUCAGAAACAAAGAUCUCCAACAUCAAAAUGUGCAUAAUGACAUUCCGGUCAGUAACGGUUCUACGUCUCAGAUAAAUGCUUCUGAAACUCUAGCGUCACAACAUUCUGAAAGGAGGAAAGAAAAUGGUGUCCCUUGCAACAAUUCCGGUUGCAAGGAUGACAGUGCCCAAGAGCUUGCAGGUCUUCAGGAUGCAUCAGUAAAAAAGGUUGAGAUAGCAUCUUCUAAAUCAGGGGAAGUCAAAGUUUCAUUAACCUGUAGCUCUGACAAUCAAAAUUUUGUGAUGCCUGAUCUGGAAAGUCUUUUUAAGAUGGUUGAGGACAGGUGCUUGAAAUCAUAUAGGAUUCUUCAGCCUGAUUUCUCUCUUAUGAAUGUAAUGACAGAGCUUUGCCAGUGUGUUGUUGAACUGAGCUCAAAUCCCACUGGAGAAAAGGAGGAGAGCACUGUAAAUGUAACCCCUUUGGUGGACUCACUGAAGAAGUCUGGUAUGGGCAGUACGUUGGGUGGCAUUCCAUCAUUUCCUUCAAAUAGUUCGCCUUUGGCAGUGCCACAUUGCAUAAGACCACUUGCUUCAGAAGAUCUUACCAUGAAUGGAAGUGGUAAGAAGAAAAAUAACUCUGGGAAUCCUGGCACUUCAAAUGUGAGUGCCAGUGAAUUGAUGGUUUUUAAGCAGCAACACCCCCAAUGUGUUAAUGUAAGGCCUCUACAUGAUGCAAAUGACAUUACAAAGGGUGAGGAAAGAGUAAGGAUUUCUGUGGUGAAUGAAGUCAGCAGUGAAAGACUUCCUCCUUCUUUUCACUACAUCCCACAAAACUUAGUUUAUCAAAAUGGGUAUAUAAAUUUUUCGCUGGCUCGAAUAGGUGAUGAAGAUUGUUGUGCAGAUUGUUUUGGAGAUUGCCUUGCUGCUGCCAUCCCCUGUGCAUGUGCACGUGAGACUGGAGGUGAAUUUGCCUACACAUCAGAGGGAGUGAUUAAGAAGGAAUUUUUAGAUGAAUGCAUUUCCAUGAAUUCAGAUCCUGAAAAGCAUCAUCAUGUUUACUGUAAGGAUUGUCCUCUUGAAAGGUCCAAGAAUAAAACUAGGCCUGGGGCAUGCAAGGGACACCUUGUUAGAAAAUUUAUAAAAGAAUGUUGGAGCAAGUGUGGAUGUAAUAAACAAUGUGGGAAUCGAGUAGUGCAGAGAGGCAUUACAUGCAAUCUUCAGGUAUUUUACACAUCUGAAGGAAAAGGUUGGGGUUUGCGCACACUGGAUGAUUUACCGAGGGGAGCUUUUGUGUGUGAAUAUGUAGGCGAAAUUUUAACAAAUAUGGAACUAUAUGAGCGAACAAUGCAGACCACAGGUAAUGCCCGACAUACUUACCCUGUUCUACUUGACGCUGACUGGGGAUCAGAGGGUGUUCUGAAGGAUGAAGAAGCUCUAUGUCUUGAUGCUACCUUUUAUGGCAAUGUUGGACGAUUUGUUAACCACAGAUGUUUUGAUGCAAACUUGAUUGAGAUUCCGGUUGAAGUGGAGACUGCAGACCAUCAUUACUACCACCUUGCUUUUUUCACAACUAGGAAGGUAGAAGCUCUUGAAGAGCUUACUUGGGAUUAUGGGAUUGACUUUGGUGAUCAUAAGCACCCGGUCAAGGCAUUUCAGUGUCGCUGUUUAAGCAGAUUCUGCCGGGAUAAGAAAAAACCAAGAACCAGAAGAAAUUCACUCGUUUUGAAGUGAAUCAAUCAUCAACCUGCUAAAACAUCAUGUUUUAAAUCAUCUCGUUUCAGGUACGACGAGGAUGUAUUAGUAAUGACAAAUUAUGGGUGGCUGUCAGGUUUCUUUUCAAAACUAUCAUGUAUUUAUCAGCCAUGAAAUGUCUUCAAAUACUAUGUUGGCAUAUAACCUUCUCUG